CAGGCGGGCGAUGGUUGCCCCGGUAGCGGCUGGCGCGGUGCUGGGGGCUGAGGGGCUGCGGGGUUGCUCUUCCAGGUCCCCGCUGCUGGGGGCCGGGCUGAGGGGUUGGACCGGGAGCGGGAGCCGCGCCGCCUCGCUCGCGCCUUUCCCGGCUGCCUUCUGAGGCCUUGAGCUGGGCCGCAUCUGGCACGCCCUGCGCCCCCGUCCCAACCCUAGCACCCCUUAUCCGCCCCCCGCGCAGCCCUGGGGGUCCAGACCCCGUCGUCCCCGUCCCCAUCGCGUCCACAGCCCCUUGAGCGUCAGCCCUCCUCACUUCCCUUCCCAGGCAGGCCUGCCAACUCCUCCAGCCGCCGCUCUUCCCCUCUCUGGUCCUUGGAGGUGGUUGGUUACCAUGGUGAAGCUGGCAGCCAAGUGCAUCCUGGCAGGAGACUCCACAGUGGGCAAGACCACCCUGGCGCAGAUCUUCCGCAGCGAUGGGGCCCAAUUCCAGAAGAACUACACCCUGACAACAGGAGUGGACUUGGUGGUGAAGACGGUGCCAGUCCCUGACACGGGGGACAGUGUGGAACUCUUCAUUUUCGACUCUGCCGGCAAGGAGCCGUUCUCUGAAAUGCUGGAUAAGUUGUGGGAGAGUCCCAACGUCUUGUGUCUCGUCUACGAUGUGACCAAUGAGCAGUCCUUCCAGAACUGCAGCAAGUGGCUGGAGAAGGCUCGGGCACAGAGUCCAGGCGUCUCCCUCCCAGGUGUGUUGGUGGGGAAUAAGACAGACCUGGCCAGCAGACGAGCGGUGGAAUCAGCGCAGGCCCGGGCGUGGGCGCUGGGCCAAGGCCUGGAAUGUUUUGAAACAUCCGUGAAGGAGAUGGAAAACUACGAAGCCCCCUUCCACUGUCUGGCCAAGCAGUUCCACCGGCUGUACCGGGAGAAGGUGGAGGUUUUCCAGGCGCUGGUGUGAGGGACUGGGGUGGAUGGCUCCUUGCCACGGCGCAGUGCUGCUGGCAACCUGGCGGUGGGCUCCGACUCCUCGGAAGACGGGAGAAGAUAGAAUUGCCUCAGCACUUGCAUUUAUCUGACAGCUCUAAAUAAAACGAGGAGAAAA